AUGAGCGUCCCUUCCUUCAUUCGGCCCCUUGUGGGCUCCGAGAUACGGACCGUCGAAAUGCACACUUCGGGCGAGCCGGCGCGCAUCGUGUACGCCGGAUACCCCGGAAUCCCCGGCACGCUUCUGGAACAGCGCUCGCUGGCCCGCUCCCGACUCGACCACGUCCGCCGCAGCAUCGUCUACGAGCCGCGCGGCCACCGGGACAUGUACGCCGCCGUCUUGAGACCGCACACGGAGCUGGUGGACGAGGGGAGGGCGCACAUGGGCGCUCUGUUCCUGACGCACGAGGGGUACGGCGUCAUGUGCGGCCACGCCACCAUCGCCCUCGGCAGGUUCCUCGUCGACUGCGACGACGAGACCGUCUUCCCGCGGCGCAGGGAUCUCGAGUUCGACGAGGAGAGGAAGCAGGUCGAGGUCCGCCUUCAUGCCCCCGUGGGGCUCGUUCGGGUAACGGUCCCGACCGUCAUGGUGGACGGGGUUUGGAGGACGGACACCAGCCGUCUAAUCACGUUCCUCUCCGUGCCCACGUUGGCGACGGCGAUAGACCUCUCCGUCUCGAUCCCGCCAAGCAUGCGGUGGGCCGAGUUGGGCGGCGGCGGUGCACAGGUGACGGUCGACGUCGGCUUCGGCGGCGCGUUCUACGCCGUCGUCCGCGCCUCCGCGCUGGGGUUCCCUGCUUCACUCGCGAAGCCCGACGUCGAGAGGCUGAGCAACGCCGCCAAGAGGUUAAAACAGGCGUUCAACGCUUCUCCCGACCUACGGGCCCGUCUGCGCAACCCGGACGACGGUGAUCCGCAAUACGUGUACGGCGUCAUGGUCACGGACGCGGGCAGCGGCGAUGAAGCCCCCGCGGUGCCGGGCAGCGGGGGCGCGGAGACGGGGCUGUACUUCUUUGGCGAUCAGCAGAUCGACCGGAGCCCGACCGGCUCCGUCGUGCAGGCGAGGGUGGCCCUGGCCGUGGCCAAGGGCGAGAGGAAGAUGGGGGAGUCGUGGACGUAUCACAGCCUGGUCUCGAGGGCUGUCGGGGGCUACAGGAGCGCCUUUGUCGGCACGCCGGUGGACGAGGUCGAGGUUAACGGGAGCAAGGCGUGGAGGGUCGAGGUCAGCGGCAGGGCCUUUUACGUCGGGUCGAGUACGUUUGUGGCGGAAGAGGAGGACGAUGUCGGCAGGGGGUUUUCGUUCCAGUCGUUGGGCCUUGGAAGCUGA